AUGAAUACAAAUCUCAUGCUUCUUUCGUUUAUGAUGAUGGUCAGAUUAUCGUUGCUCUCUAUACUCUGUUUUGUCUUUAAUGCUCUGCUCGAAGUUGCCUCUUCAGGGGAACAGAUGUGUCGUGUGUCGAACGGGGCUGCAAAAGUAAUACAUGAAUAUUCAGGGGGUUCUUUCUUCAUAAACGCCGCAGCUUCUCCCGCCAUGUGCCCCGUGUAUAUAGCCCCGCGACUCUCAACUGACCAAAAACCUCCCACCAAAUCCGCGAUUAAAAUCCUAAACCCGCGUCUUCCCAAAAUGCCCCCCAACUCCCCCGCUUAUCUCCUCCUCGCCCCCCUCCUCCUCCUCGCCGGCACCGCCGCCUCAGCCACGCGGCUCCGCCCGCGGCCGGCGAACGCCACCUCGGCCGGCGAGCCCGUCUACCUCUGGCCGCUGCCCAAGAGCGUCGCGUCCGGGUCCCGGACCCUCACGGUCGACCCGGACCUCGCGCUCGACCCGAGGGGCCCCGGCGGGGCCUCGCCCGCCGUGGCCGAGGCGUUCGAGCGGUACCGGGGGCACGUGUUCGCGCCGUGGGCGCACGCUGCCCGCGCGGGCGGCGGCGGGUACGACGUUGCCAGGCUCACAGUCGUCGUCGCCUCCGCCAACGAGACGCUGGCUCUGGGGGUGGACGAGAGCUACACGAUCUACGUGGGGGCGGCGGCCGGCGUCAACUCCAUCGUCGGGGGAGGAACCAUAGAGGCGAACACAAUAUAUGGAGCUAUUCGUGGACUGGAGACAUUCAGUCAACUUUGUGUUUUUAACUAUGACACUAAAAAUGUUGAGGUGCGGCAUGCCCCAUGGCAUAUUCAAGAUGAGCCCCGCUUCGCCUUCCGUGGGCUACUCCUAGACACCUCACGGCAUUACCUUCCAGUUGAUGUGAUUAAGCAAGUGAUCGACUCUAUGUCAUUUGCUAAGCUGAAUGUUCUUCAUUGGCAUAUCAUCGAUGAACAAUCCUUCCCCUUGGAGGUUCCAUCAUAUCCAAACCUUUGGAAAGGUUCAUACUCCAAAUGGGAGCGCUACACCGUGGAAGAUGCUCAUGAUAUUGUCAACUACGCUAAAAAAAGAGGUAUCAAUGUCAUGGCAGAAAUUGACGUGCCUGGUCAUGCAGAAUCAUGGGGAAAUGGAUACCCAAAGCUCUGGCCUUCUCCCAAUUGUACAGAGCCAUUAGAUGUCUCUAGUAAUUUCACAUUUGAAGUAAUUUCUGGAAUUCUGUCUGAUAUGAGGAAAAUCUUUCCAUUUGGACUGUUUCACCUGGGUGGUGAUGAAGUAUAUACAGGGUGCUGGAAUGUAACACCUCAUGUGAGGCAGUGGCUUAAUGAGCGCAACAUGACCACAAAGGAUGCUUACAAAUACUUUGUUCUGAAGGCCCAAGAGUUGGCAAUUAAGCUAAACUGGAUUCCUGUGAAUUGGGAAGAAACCUUCAAUUCAUUCAAAGAAAACCUCAAUCCUCUAACAGUUGUGCACAACUGGCUGGGUCCUGGAGUCUGUCCUAAGGUUGUGGCAAAGGGUUUCAGAUGUAUAAUGAGUAAUCAAGGUGUGUGGUACCUUGAUCAUCUUGAUGUUCCCUGGGAAGAUGUCUAUAGUGGCGAGCCACUCGCAGGGAUUAGUAAUAAAGACCAGCAAAAGCUAGUACUUGGUGGGGAAGUUUGCAUGUGGGGUGAGACAGCAGACACGUCUGAUGUUCUACAAACAGUGUGGCCCCGAGCAGCAGCAGCUGCUGAGCGCCUGUGGAGUCAAUUGGAGGCUAUAUCUGCCCAAGACCUAGAGACGACCGUCUUGUCUCGGCUGCAUUAUUUCAGAUGCCUGCUGAAUCACCGUGGAAUUGCUGCGGCUCCAGUCACAAACUACUAUGCUCGGAGGCCCCCGAUUGGGCCAGGCUCAUGCUUUGUUCAGUAAGCAGGCCCUUCAGAGUGAAGAUAUCCACGAGGUGCUCAGCCUUCAUACACCUGCCAAUGAUACUUGCAACAAAGAACGUUAUAUUGUCCCUUGCACUGUACCAUAUCUGUUUGUCAUUCACGAUAACAAUUUAAUAAUCUGCCUUUGUGUAUUCCACUCUGAAACUGAAAUAAAAACUGCAUCAUUCAAAUC